CAUCACCAUCUCCACAACAACCACCACCAUCAUCAUCAUUAUUACCAUCAUCAUCAUCACCAUCAUCAUCAUCAUCAUGGAUCUUCAAGUAGCCCUCCACGAUCUCGACAAGUUCACGACAAGGAUGAAUCACGUUUGGCAAAAGUGAAACGCGUUCUGGCAGUAUCAUUAUUGGGACGUAACGGAGGAUCUUCGAGGAUUUUUGGUACUCGGCUAGAUUCGAUUGAGCCGUAUCUUGAUACAGGUGUACCUUUUGUAGUACAUCGAUUGUGUAAUUAUAUUGAAACUCAUGGAUUUCAAAGUGCCGCCGUAUUUCGUCUCUCCGGUGGAAGUCCAAGAUUGGCAGAAAGAUUGAGGGCUACUUUUGAAAGAAGAGGAGAUGCUGAUUUAGAAGCAGCAGCUUGUCCUUUGACUGCAGCAACGCUUCUUCGGCAAUACCUAAAAGAAUUGCCACAACCUGUCGUACCAUCAACCUUUGUAGCUAGAUUAUUGACCAUUCAUGCCCAGAAUUAUACUAACGAUCACGAUUGUUGGAUUAAUUUAACGAAAGAGCUUCUAUCAACUCUACCAUCUUCCCAUUAUCGUUUGCUUGGUUAUUUGGCUCUUUAUCUAAGCAAAUAUGAAGCAAAACAUGGACGUAGUGCCGGUGUUUGUGGUGUAUUUGCCCCUGUGAUUCUACCUCAUGUUCCACCUGCUACCACACUUCUUCGUGAUAUCUUAGCUGAAGCAUCUACACUUUUUCCGGACUGCAUCCGUGAUAACGUGGUGAACGGUGUGAUCCCUGUAAGUGAUUGUAAAAUUUGCAAAGAUUCAAAGGACGAACCAAAAGAUUUUGAAGGUACAUCAUUACUUUGCGCGCUGAAACCGCGCAAACGUAAAGAACGUCACGAAUCGUGUUGUCAAGAACGAAAAUUGAUAAGAAGCAGUAGUGAGGAGCGUGUUCUUGAAAGUCCUGCUGAAACUACAGACACAAUUAGACGCGUGAGCAGUCACGAAGAUUUUAAUAGCGAAAAACAUUUACAUAUUUUAUCUCAACUUGGACAAGACAUGGGUCAUGGUGUGAGAUGUGGAAGUCUUCCUUUACACGAAAGGACAAAUGUUUCACCUAUAUCCAAGAAAACUCCACCAACUUCUUCACCUUGUGAAACAGUUUUAGAAACAGAAAAAUUUGAAUGUGAUGCUGAAAAAUUAAGAAGUAGCGAACGUUUCAGUCGAAGUAUUACCCCAAGAGGACGAAGGCAACCUCGAAGAAGAAGAGUGCAUAAGAUUGCAGACACAGAAAAUUCUAGUAAGGAAAACGAAGAAGAAGCUGAUAAUAUUUAUAACUUAUCAUCAAAUUCUAAUAGUUGUAAUGGAUCUCCAGCACAAAGUUUUUUGGAAAUGUUGAGCAGCGGACCGAGUCGAUCACCAUCUCCUGCUCGUCCGCCAACAGUUAGUCAUGAAGAUUUAAAUAAUCCCAGUUUAACAAACUGGACUUUUCAACGACAAGAAAAUGAUGAAGCUGUUGAUGCUAGAGUAGAAGCUAUGCUUUCUCCACGAAAUUCGUUAUUACUACCUAGACGUUUUUAUUCUGAAAAUGAAAUGCAACCUAGUGCUCCAAAUAUUGCAGAACUUGGAUUAAAAAACUUGACUAAAUAUAUAAAUGGUUUGAAAAAAAAAAUAAAGAAAUAUGAAGACGAAUUUGAAGAAAAUUUUGGUUAUCGUCCAAGUCAUUCUGAUAAAAUGAGUAACAGAGAUAUAAAACGAUUAUGUACAGAAUUAAGUAAAUUGCGAAAAGAGCAUAAGUUAUUAAAAGAAGAUCCGAUUAGUGCAUUAUUAGCUAAUGAAAAUAACAAAACAAAAAUAGCUAAUGAUAGUCCAACAAACAACAAUAAUAGUCAAGAAAAGUCUAGAGCAAUGUCAAUGGAAGAAAUGAUAAAAGAAAUAGAAAAAAAAUUAAAUGAAAAGAGAAUAAAGUAUAAUAGACCCGAAAAUAUGGAAGAAUUAACUUAUGAACAAUUAAUAGAUGAAAAAACUGCUGUUCAAAAAGCUUUGCUUCAUAUUGAAAAUACUUUUGGAAGACCAGUUUCUAAAGAAGAUAGAGCUAUUGUACGACCUUUAUAUGAUAAAUAUAGAACUUUAAAAAGACUACUUAUUAGAGCAGGCGUGAACAAAAAUAAAGAUAGUAUUUCAGAACUAGCUACUAUUUUGGAACAUGAAGCAAUGGAUUUUACAUCGUCCAAUUUACCUAAUAAUUCAUCUGAUACAGAAAGAAGAGCUAGCGAACCUGAUAUGUCACAUAGAGGUAUUUUGGAUUGUAUAGAUUCGAUAGAUCAAUUACCAACUGAUAGUGAUAGUCAGCACAGCAGUAGCGAAGGAAGUCGUAGUAACAAUGAAAGUCUUCAUGCAUUACCACAAGAAGAAUUAUUAGUUCAACAAAAAUUAACUAGAGAAGAGAAAAAACGUUUACGACGAGCUUUAAAAGAAUUAGAAGCACAAUUUGAAGCUCGUACUGGUCGUAGAAUGCAAAGAGAAGAUCGUGGCCCGCAAGUUACAAUCGUUUACGAAUCGUAUAAACAAGCAAAAGCAAAACUUCGACUAAUUGAUGCUCUUAUAGCUAAAAAUGCUUGAUGCAGUAUCUAAUGGAUGCCUUGAAAUUUACAUCCAAAGAAGUUUGACAUCCAAAAUAUAUGUGCAGUGAUUAUUAUACAAUUGAAACCUAAUAUGACAUACAGUUAUAAAUAUGAUGCUAUUGUAUAAUAGAGAUGUUAAGAAAAAACAUUUAAGAAAAACUAAGAUUAUUAAAGCAAGGCAGAUGAUUUAAAUUUAAUAGAAAUCAAAAUAUUUUAUAAAAAGAAUGGAAAUUUGUUUUUGAUUAUAAUACUUUGAUUUUAUAUGUAUGAUUCUAAUUAGUCAACAAUCUGUUUUAAAGAACAUUAAACUUGUAUAGAAUAUAUUCUAAGCUACAAAAAAUGUAUAAUUAAUAUAAAUACUAAUUGCAACUGAAUUUAUUUCAUUGACAAAUUAAUUUCUUUGUAACUUUGAUAAAAAUAAUUACUACGUGUAAUAUGAUAUUUGUAACGAAAUAUUUUGAAUAACAAAAAAUUUCGUUAUUAUAAUUAUAUAUAUUAUUUUAAUAAGACUCUUCUUAUAUUGGUAACUUAUUGAGUACAUAUUAUGAAGUGAUAUCAUAUGAUAAUAAAUAAUAAGAUUAGUAUCAAGUUAGUAAUUUGAAAUUUAAACAUUAAUAGUUAGAAAAACAGUGGCGUUAUAAACAAUCUGUCGAUUUGCACUCGCAAUUUCCUUCAAAUACUCGUAAAAUUCAUUAAAAUAAGGAAAUGCUUACUGCUUAUGGUUAUUGUAAACUCUGCCUAUUAUACAAAUAAGAACAUCACAUAACAAGAUA